AUGCAUAUUGAUCGCUGCUACUUUUGCUCUGGACCCUGCUAUCCUGGGCACGGCAUGAUGUUUGUCAGAAACGAUGCCAAGACCUUUCGAUUCUGCCGAUCCAAGUGCCACAAGAAUUUCAAAAUGAAGCGCAAUCCCCGUAAGGUGCGUUGGACCAAGGCUUUCCGUAAGGCUGCUGGCAAGGAAAUGGUUAUUGAUUCUACCUUUGAAUUCGAGAAACGUCGCAACGUGCCUGUUCGUUAUGAUCGUAACCUUAUGGCCACUACUGUCAAGGCUAUGAAGCGUGUACAAGAAAUUCGUGCCAAGCGUGAAAAGGCAUUCUAUCGCAACCGUAUGGCUGGCAAGCACGACAUUGAAAAGGCCGAUGAUAUUAGAGUCGUCAACCAAAACCUCGAGCUUGCACCUUUGGAAGCAAGAAAGCGUUACGAACAAGCCAAGGUCGAGGAACAAAAGGCCGAGAAUAUGGAAAUGGACGAGUAA